UCAGGCCGCCGGGCACGCUGGCUGCACGCAGAGUCCUUGGGGUACCGGCGGCGCGCACCUGCUGAGGGAGGGCCGAGGGCCUUGGCGGCUCAGGCGGUGAUUCUGGCGUCCGUGAGGGGGGCAGCCCGGGGUCAGGAUGCAGCGAAGACCCCGCCCGGGCUCUGCCGCGUUCCCGCACAAGCACACGCCCAACUUCUACAGCGACAACAGCAACGGCUCUAUGAGCAUCACCUCGGGGGAAAGCUGCGGGCACCGGUCAGCUGGGCCGGAGCCCGGGGAGCCCGAGGGCAGAAGAGGCCGGGGCUCUAGCUGCGGUGAGCCCGCCAUGAGCGCUGGAGUGCCCGGAAGAACCACAAAGGCUGAAAGCUCUCGGCUGAAGCCGGCGCCUCGGAGCCACAGUGGGCCGACCGCCUCUGGCGCGGCAACCGUGAGGGGCGGGGCUUCGGAACCGGCUGGCUCUCCCGGUGUCCCUGAGGAGCAGCUCGACCUCUCGACUCUGGAUCCGAGGCAGGAGAUACCUCCCCCGCGAGUGUCCAAGAGCUUCCUGAGCCCACUCUUCCAGGUGCUGAGCGUGUUGUUAUCCCUGGUAGGAGGUGUGCUGGUCAGUGUGUACAGGGAGGUCUGUUCCGUCCGCUUCCUGCUCACGGCUGUGUCACUGCUGAGCCUCUUUCUGGCAGCACUCUGGUGGGGACUCCGGUACCUGGCCCCUCCUUUGGAGAAUGAACCUAAGGAGAUACUGACUCUAAGCGAAUACCACGAGCGCGUGCGCUCCCAGGAGCAGCAGCUGCAGCAGCUCCGGGCUGAGCUGGUUAAACUCCACAAGGAGGUGUCCAGUGUUCGCGCAGCCAACAGCGAGAGAGUGGCCAAACUCGUAUUCCAGAGGCUGAGUGAGGACUUUGUGCGGAAACCCGACUAUGCGCUGAGCUCUGUGGGAGCCUCCAUCGACCUAGAGAAGACGUCCCCCGACUACGAGGAUGCGAACACUGCCUACUUCUGGAAUCGCUUCAGCUUCUGGAACUAUGCGCGACCGCCCACGGUUAUCCUGGAGCCAGAUGUGUUCCCUGGGAAUUGCUGGGCUUUUGAGGGCGACCAGGGCCAGGUGGUGAUCCAGUUGCCGGGUCGUGUGCAGCUGAGCGACAUCACUCUGCAGCAUCCACCGCCCAGCGUGGCACACACCCGGGGAGCCAAGAGCGCCCCGCGUGACUUCGCAGUCUAUGGCCUCCAGGUUGAUGAUGAGACUGAAGUUUUCUUGGGGAAAUUCACCUUCGAUGUGGAGAAAUCUGAGAUUCAGACUUUCCACCUAGAGAAUGACCCCCCAGCUGCCUUUCCCAAGGUGAAGAUCCAGAUUCUAAGCAACUGGGGCCACCCCCAUUUCACAUGCUUGUAUCGAGUCCGAGCCCAUGGCAUUCAAACCUCAAAGGGGGCAGGGGACAGUGCCACAGGGGGGGCCCAUUAAACAUGCUGAUUGUUGGAGUAGAGUGGAGGUCUAUGCUGAAAGAAGCUGGAUCAGUGCUGGGAGGGCUAUUGCGGGAAGAGGGGUGUGUGGCGCUCUAGUUGCCUUUGGUAUAUAAACAUGGUUGGGGGGUCUACCAAAACGCCCUCUUUGAGGGCGCAGCAGUAGAUGAUGUUUAUGGAGUGUUUACCAUGUGCACAAGACAGUACUCUGGACGUUAUAUGCCUUACCCUAACUAAUCUUCACAGCCACAGAGGCGGAAGCCACUCAGGUCAGGAAAGUUGCUCAAGGUCACACAGCUAACGAAGAGCUCAAACACAGCAGGACCCCAAGCCUACCACCCUCUUGCAGAGCUGCCAGUCAGCAUGAAGCCAUGCUUGUGCACCUCAAU